GGGCCCGAAUGCACGGGACGGGACGACGAGAGUGUGAAACGGCCGCGCAACCGCCGCCGCCUCCGCGUCCGCCCCACCGCCUCGCUCGGCACGCGCCAAAACCAGCCACCGGCCACCGCCCGCCGGCUCCCGAGCCGCAGCCCUACGCUCCGGCUCCUCCACCUCCUCACCGCACUUGUUGAUGACGGCGGAGCAGGAGGGGAGGGAGGUCCAGGUCCGGGCCCUCGACGGGCGAUCCACGGUCGUCAAGCUGCCCCCCGGCGGCUCCGUCCGGGACCUCAAGGCCGCGCUCCGGACCUCCUUCCCGCCCGCUCAAGUCGCCCCCAGCUUCCACCUCUUCCUCAAGGGUGCUAAAUUGCGUUUAGACUCCGAGAUUGGCAGCCUUGCUAUCAGCGACGGGGAAUUCAUUGUUCUCGUACCCUUCACAAGGACGCCACAACAAUGUUCUUCAGUUUGCACGGCAAGUCAAGAGCAGGGCCUCAAUCCACCAAAACAACCAGAAGUGUCUUCUGCGGCUAAUUCAGCUUGGAAAGACAUUAUGGAUGACCUCUCGGCAAUGCCAACCAGCCCACAGUCUGAUGCUGCUUCCAAAGAUUUUUACUCAUGUGACCCGUGCUCUGGGAGAUUUACAGAGCCUAUGACAGUGGGUCAAAGUUCGUCAAGUGGGCCAUCAAGGAAAAGGAGGAAAACAUGCAAGGAAAAUGGAAAUGGUUCCUCACAAAUGGUGUCCUCUGAAGUGAAUGGUACAGCUGAGAAAGACAACAUAAGUAAGAAAAGUGGGGUGGCCAAAUCUGCUGCUACGUCAUGUCAUGAUAUGCACCCUUUGGAACCUGCUGAAAUGGUUGAACAUCUGAAACAAGGACUUGGAAAGGAGGAGCAGAUUGUACAUAUCCAAGAGAUACAGUCUAGAGAGGCAUCAUUUACAGAACUUCCAUGUAAUCUUUCAAAAGCUAUGAGAGAAGCACUGAAGAGUAUUGGAAUAUCUAGACUGUAUAGCCACCAGUCUCAAGCCAUAAAGUCCUCUAUUUCUGGAAGGCACAUUGUCGUUGCAACUUCUACAUCAAGUGGAAAGUCUCUAUGUUACAAUAUUCCUGUUCUUGAAUCUCUUUCCCAAGACUCUAUGGCGUGUGCUCUGUACAUAUUUCCGACAAAGGCUUUAGCUCAAGAUCAGCUGAGGACUUUACUAGAGAUGAAGAAUGCAUCUCAUAUUGAUAUUGAUGUUAAAAUAUAUGAUGGUGAUACUCCUAGAGAAGAUCGUUUGUGGAUCAGGGAUAAUGCUCGACUGUUAAUUACCAACCCAGAUAUGUUACAUGUGUCAAUCUUGCCAUAUCAUGGUCAAUUCCAGAGGAUUUUAUCAAAUCUCAGGUAUAUUGUCAUCGAUGAGGCACAUUCAUACAAGGGGGCAUUUGGCUGCCAUACUGCACUUAUAAUUCAGAGAUUGAAGCGUAUUUGUUCAAAUGGUCCAAAGGGGCUCCAAUUCACCCUGCGCCGGUGUGGCAGGCUGCUGUGCAUCCCUGGUGGCUUAGACCUUGCAGCUAUAGCAAUCCCCACGACCAGAGGCGGAGCAGGCAUUUCGAUUAAGGAAUUGGCCAAUUUGGAUGAAGUCGAGUUGAUUCAGAAUGAUGGAAGUCCUUGUGGCUCCAAGUACUUUCUCUUGUGGAAUCCCCCACUACAUAUGACAGAAGGAAGGUCAAAAGCUAGUUCAGUACCUAGGCGCUCAAGCUCAAUAGUAGAGGUUUCAUAUCUAUUUUCCGAGAUGGUUCAACAUGGGCUCCGCUGCAUUGCAUUCUGUAAAAGUAGGAAGCUAUGCGAGCUUGUCCUAGCUUACACGCGUGAAAUUCUUCAGGAGACUGCAAAGGAAUUGGUAGAUUCUAUCUGUGUAUAUCGUGCUGGCUACAUUGCUGAGGACAGAAGAAAAAUUGAGGCUGAUCUUUUUGGGGGGAAACUUCGUGGAGUCGCUGCUACUAAUGCUCUUGAACUAGGGAUUGAUGUUGGGCAUAUUGAUGCAACAUUACAUCUUGGAUUUCCUGGUAGUAUUGCCAGCUUGUGGCAGCAAGCUGGUAGGUCUGGAAGAAGAGCAAAACAGUCACUAGCCAUUUAUGUUGCCUUUGAGGGUCCUUUAGAUCAGUAUUUCAUGAAGUUCCCACAUAAACUAUUUGGCAGGCCGAUUGAGCAUUGCCAAGUUGAUUCACAUAAUCUAAAGGUUUUAGGACAGCACCUUGCUUGCGCUGCUUAUGAACAUCCCUUGUGCCUGCAAUACGAUGAGUGCUACUUUGGUUCUACUCUCGAUCGUGUAAUGACAACCCUUAAAGACAAAGGUUAUAUCAUUAAUAAUCGAGCGGGAUCUUUCUGUUCAAGCAUGUGGAACUAUAUUGGACCUGAGAGAAGCCCUUCACAGGCUGUAAGCAUACGGGCAAUUGAGCAGGACAAGUAUAAAGUGAUUGACAAGUUAAAUAAUAGACUACUUGAGGAAAUUGAGGAAAGUAAAGCCUUUUUUCAGGUUUAUGAAGGUGCUGUUUACAUGCAUCAGGGUGUCAAUUACUUGGUUGAGGAACUUGACUUGGCAUCAAGGACAGCCUUCUGUAGGAAAGCUGAUUUGAAAUAUUACACAAAAACACGAGACUACACUGACAUCAAUGUCCUCGGAGGAGAAUUUGCUUAUCUUCCUACAAGUACAUGUAAAACUGAUCGUGUGAAGACAACUGCUCAAGCAAAUGACUGUACGGUGACUACUAAAUGGUUUGGUUUUUAUCGCAUAUCAAAAUCGAGCAAUAAAAUAUCCGACAGCCUGGAGCUUAACCUGCCCCCAUAUUCCUUUAUUUCCCAGGCUGUUUGGGUGCGAAUUCCCCACUCAGUAAAGAUCACCGUGGAGGAAAGAAAACUAGAGUUCAGAAGUGGCUCACAUGCUGCUUCGCAUGCACUCCUGAAUGUAGUGCCUCUGCAUAUGAUGUGCAGUGCUUCUGACCUAGGAACAGAAUGCGCGAAUCCUCAUGAAACCCGUGGCAUCCCGGACAGAAUCCUUUUAUAUGAUAGACAUCCAGGUGGUAUCGGCAUAGUAUCACAGGCCCAAAUGCUCUUCGGGGAACUCCUACUGGCUGCUUUAGAACUCGUUUCCACGUGCAACUGUACAAGUGCCGUUGGCUGUCCAAACUGUAUCCAAUCACUGACAUGCAGCGAAUAUAAUGAAGUUUUGGACAAGGAGGCAUCAAUUUUGAUUCUAAAGGGAGUAAUCGACUAUGAGAGAUCGUAUUUUGAAGCGGAAGACGCUUCUCAGCGAAGCUGACGUCUGAAGCUACGCGCCGGUUUUGACAGUAGGUAGCGAAGAGUGAUGUGUUCAUUACUGUUUUUUGUCGAAAAAAAAAACUUCAGUGUUGUUUGGUGUUCCUGUUUGUAGAUGUAGAAUUGUAGGGGUUCAGUCUGUACUCACAUUUGUAGCCUCGUCAUAUCAAAACUUUCGUUUUUAUUUAACAAACAUUGUCCUACGACAAUCGGGUCCAUACAUCUUUAUCCUAUCA